AUGACAAGCUCCAGAGCGGAAGAGCAGUUUCAUACUAAGUCAAAAGCCGCCAAGCGCUUGCUGAGCGCGAUUUGCUUAACAAACCCAUCCAUCUCAGGAUCAAUCAUAUCUAAGAAAAGAAACCGCUCACGAGGCCGUGACUCAGAUGGGAGUCUGCCUUGUGAUACUGAACAAGAAGCCAGCAACGCGGGUCUGCAGGAGGUUGCCAAAGCCAGAGACGGUUGGCGUGUUGGCACGAUCGUCGUCGUUCGAGAAGCCCACGUCCAAACGCCAACACGCGAUGAGGCUCAGGAAACAACGCGUGCACGAGCCACUCGGGGCUGGGGCCUAUCGCGUCGCGUGAUAUACGACUCGCCAAGCCACUGCUGGCUCCCCUUUCAGCUCAGCCAGGCAGGCCGCCAUCAAGGAUUGGAUUGA